AUGGUUGUGCAGGACAGUGCGGAUGCCGAGGAUGCCAGGGUGGGCGUGCUCCUGGAGCCCUUCCUGCACCAGGUUGGGGGACACCUGAGUGUGAUGAAGUAUGACGAGGACACCGUGUGCAAGCCCCUCGUCUCCCAGGAGCAGAGGUUCUACGAAUCCCUGCCACUGGCGAUGAAGCGGUUCACCCCCCAGUACAAAGGCACCAUCACGGUUCACCUACAGAAAGACAGCCUCGGACACCUCGGCCUGGUUGCCAACCCCCUGGAGGAGAAGGGGGAGUCCUUCCAGGUCUCCACAGGGCCUGCAGCGGUGGCGAUGUGGCAGGAGCUUCAGCAGACCGCCAGUGGCAGUGGUGGCGCAGGGCCCCUCUCCCAGUGGCAGCAGGCCCAGCUGGUACGCUCUCUCGAGGAAAGCCCUGCCACGGCGCUCCUGAGGUCCGAGUUACACUUCAGCACCCAAGUCUCCUGGCUCGUGAAAGAUGCUAAUGGGAACCAGGCCAAGAGGGGGAGCUUUAACCCAUGGGGUCUGCACUGCCACCAGGCCCACCUGACCCGCCUCUGCACCGAGUACCCGGAGAACAAGGGGCACCGGUUCCUGCUGCUGGAAAACGUGGUGUCACAGUACAAGCACCCCUGUGUCCUGGACCUGAAGAUGGGGACCCGGCAGCAUGGGGACGACGCAUCCGAGGAGAAGAAGGUCCGCCACAUGACCAAGUGUGCGCAGAGCACCUCGGCCUGCCUGGGCGUGCGCAUCUGCGGCAUGCAGGUUUAUCAAAGUGAUAAGAAGCACUUUCUCUGCAAAGACAAGUACUAUGGAAGAAAACUCUCCGUCGAGGGGUUCAGACAAGCCCUCUAUCAGUUUCUGCACGACGGAACCCGCCUCCGGACAGAGUUGCUGGGCCCUAUCCAGCGCCAGCUCCAGGCCCUUCUCUCGGUCAUCAAGAGCCAGAGUUCAUACCGCUUCUACUCCAGCUCUCUCCUUGUCAUCUACGAUGGGCAGGAGCCGCUGGAAAGAGCCCCGGGCAGCCUGCACCCUCAGGAGGCUCCGCAGACGGCACCCCGCAGCUGUCCCGGAGGUCUCCCCAAAGUUGACAUCCGGAUGAUCGACUUCGCUCACACGACAUACAAGGGCUCCUGGAAUGAGCACAGCACCUACAACGGACCAGACCCAGGCUACAUUUUCGGCCUGGAAAACCUUAUCCACGUCCUGCAGGACAUCCAGGAGGGACAGUGAGACUUGUCAUGAGACAUGUCGGCUACUCAGAGUUUUCUGGAGUAUAGAUCUCAGAAGGAACCUAUUGGUAGCGAGGGUAAUUUAGAUACCCCUUAGAUGUCUUUGUAAUAGUCAUAUCUAUGUUCAAAAGCCAUCACUAUCAAUGGCAGGCUAUGCCAAGAGCUGCUAGAGAAAUCAGCUCUGCAGAUAACUCAUGGCUGGCGUCUCGUGCUAAUCUGGCACCGCAGCCUGGCCAUUGGGGUGAAAUGGCGGCACCUUGGGGUAGACUGUGGGGUGCAUGAGUUAGAGGCAGCAUUACAGGGAGACCCUGCAGUGUUUGCAUUAAAAAUGCUUUCUUGUCACUCUGCAAUCCUUGCAAGCUAUGAGGCAAAAACUUAUUUAAAGAACUCUUGAAGAGCAAGUCCACGAGUUCACGGGUUCUGCCUGCAUGUGCAGCUGCUCAGGGC